AUGGAAAAACAAUAUUGUAUUGUUAUUAUUGGAGCUGGUAUUGCUGGUCUUUCAUGUGCAAAAUAUUUGAUUGACAAUAAUAUUGAUGAUUUUAUUAUUGUUGAUGCUCAUGAUGAGAUAGGUGGUCGUUGUAAAACAAUUCAUAUUUUAGAAAACGAACUUGAAUUAGGUGUUGAAUCAUUACAUGGUGAUACAACAAAUAAUCCAUUAUAUCAAUUAGCAAAUCAAUAUCAACUUCUCGAUAAUAAUCAUAGAGAAUCUGAUCGAGAUGAUUGUUAUCAUGAUGAAGAUGGUGAAUCCAUUGAUGAAGAUGUUAUUGAUGAAAU